AUAACUAUACUACUGUAUUGGAUAUGUUAAGUGCAAAAAGAACCAUUCAAAUUGCUCUUAUAUUGAGCUUAUUUCAGUAGAAAAGGUGAAACUGGACACUCAUUGGGGACCGGAGGAAGUACUUCGGAAGUCUUAACUGGGGACCAAUUCGCACCGUUAAAUUUUGAGGCGUUCCGCACCCCUCUAGUACGGUAGUGUACGUAAUGAUGAACCCUAGCUGUACGCUACCGUACCACCGUCCACCGUCCACAAUAGUAGUACCUAUAUGUAUGUAUAGUACAUAAAUAUCUUAUGUAGAAGGAGUUCCAACCCCCAUACCGCUUUACUAUUUGGUGGUGUCGGGAUGCAACCCACAUCAUGAUAUCUCGAACGUGAGGAGAAAUGGAAUACGGUAGGGUACGAUAGGAGGACCAGUCUAAUCGACCGAUAGCGCCAACCUGGGCACAAUUUGAUAUUCGUCGGAAACUUUAAAAUACACUAGCAAAAUGGUAAGAGAUCGUCAUGACAUGAUGAUCCGCCUUCCUGAUCUUUGACACUCUGGUUUUCAACUCCAGAGUGAAAGAUUCAGGGGCCAAAGGGCGGUGUCCACUUAUACAUCACAACCAACCAUCCUGAAAGAGAGCAGAGUGAACUCGUGCUUUGGAUUGUGUGGUGGGUGCGUGGUGGUAAUUCUUUUUCUAAACCAAAACAAUGGUUAAUUUUUAGAUUGCGUACUUAACUUUUUGUUUUCCGUAAACGACUYGAUGCGCCUUUCAACUUUUCCAGGUCAAAGCCAAGAAAUCCGUUGUCAAGUUUGUCAUUGACUGCACGCAGCCCGUGGACGAUAAGGUUCUCGAUGUGGCCAUGUUCGAGAAGUACCUUCACGACAAAAUCAAGAUCGGGGGAAAGACAGCUGCACUUGCGGCCAACAAUGUUGUGAUCUCUAGAGAUCGAACGAAAUUGACCAUUGCCAGCCCGGCCGAACUCAAGUUCAGCAAGCGUCAAUUGAAGUACCUCUCCAAACGAUACUUGAAGAAGCAGCAGCUUCGAGACUACCUUCGUGUCGUUGCCGCCAGCAAGAACUCGUACGAAAUGCGUUACUUCUCCAUUAGCGGAGGUGACGAUGCUGAUGAAGAGUAAAGCCUAUGUAUCCUCUAGAACGAAUUUAACUCCUGCUGAGUUCCCCCAAUAAACUUUUUUUCCAAGC